AGUUGACGCCAAGGUGAAGGAUUACUCCGAGUGUGUGAGUUGGCGAUGUGGUGAGAAACCAGCUGUUUACUUCAUAAAUAUAUACAAAUCAAUAUGAGGCAUGCUCAAGUAGAAUAAUUCGUACACAACCAAAACGAAUCAGACGACUGGACAAAAUGGUCGACAAGAAUAUCUUUUCAUUCGCUGACAUGUAUGGAUGGACGGUCAUCUCGUAAACCGGACAUCGGCUGUCCCUGUAUCACGCCACCCCGCUACGACUUGUGAUCAACGUAAACAUUUAGAUGGCCACAAUGGAGGGUCUGCUUUGGAAGUGGACAAAUUACAUGAGUGGCUGGCAGCCAAGGUGGUUUGUUUUGGAUAACGGUGUGCUGUCUUACUACAAGUCUCAAGAGGAUGUUAUCAAUGGGUGUAAGGGCUCCUUACAAAUGUCCGUUUGUGAUAUAUCAGUACACAGUACCGAUCAUACUAGACUAGACCUGAUCAUUCCACAUGAACAGCAUUUCUACAUCAAAGCCUCAUCUCCACACGAACGUCAAAGAUGGCUGGUUGCCAUGGGAACGUGUAAGGCAUCCUUGACCAAUGGCAGGCCAUCAGAGGAGAUGGGUGAGAUAUCACCAGACAUUGUACGGACGAAGAAGUCAGAAUUACGACUAUACUGUGAUCUACUGAUGCAACAGGUCCACUCGGUGAAGAGUGCAAUACAGGAAAGUCAACCCGAGGUCAAGAAGCUGGACGAGGCGACGUCACUCCUUGGUGCUACAUGUGAUACCUUCAUUCAAACAUUGGAUGAUUGCAUGAAAAUUGCAAAUGCCAGCAUUGCUUAUGAAACUUCACCAAAACCAGUACGGGACGUCCAACUUGUGCUACCUCAGAAAACCGUUAAAAAGGGGGAGAGGCUGUCUACUUCUGGGAGACCCUCAUCAGCAGAGUCCAGAUCCGUGAGGACUUCACCACUUCCCAGAGACGGCCUGCCAUCAUUUCCUAAGAGUUCUAAUCGUAGAAGGACGGCUUCAGAAAAUUCUCACUCGGACCAGUCGCUCUCAGACCAUUCAAUGGACGCAAACAGAGACCACACAGAAAGUGACAAUAGAAAUUCCAGUACCAGGCUAUCAGUUACCAUGGAAACCAAUUCCUUUAGUAAAUCAUUGACUUCUGGCAGUGUGUCAAAAACAAAUGUGAAUUCUGGACUGGAUCAUAGUUCAAAACGAACAGAAAAUGGAGUUACCUCCCUUGAGAAAUCCAGUGGAAAGUCAUUAUCUUCUACAAGCAUUAACAGUGAGGAGGAAUUUAAAGAUGCUAUAGAUGCAAAAGUUCCAACAUUUUUCUCCACCAUGGAGCCAAGUUUUAUGGAUAUUAAACUAGAAGAAGAUGGAGGCAUUCCUGUUCAGCCAUUCCUUGGAAGCUGCCGUUCUCUUGUGCCUAUAUUUGACAAGUUUAAUGCUACAACAUUUGCUCCAGUUAAAAUGGAUUUCCAGGGAAACAUACGUAAAAUACAACAAAAAUAUUCUACAAAGCCAAGUGACUUUACAACACUACAGCGUAUGGUGUUGUUUGAGAUGAGGUCCCAACAGCAUCACCUGUCCAGUUCAGCCACCGUAGCACUGCUGUGGAUGAAAAGAGGCCUAGAGUUUAUCAGAGCGAUAUUUCAAGAGAUGCUCGAAGGACAGCCUGAUCUAUGUUUAGCAGUCAAUAAUGCGUACAGUCGGACACUCAAACCAUUCCACGGCUGGGUAGUGCGAGGAGUGUUUGCCGUAGCUGUGAAGGCUUUACCAUAUAAGGAAGUCUUUAUCACACAGCUGAGGGCGACCGGACACCCAGGAGAGGGGUCGAUCUUCCUCCAGUCUCUCAUGGCCGACCUCGACAGUUACUGCACUGCUCUCGACGAAGUCAUCAGGAUCCUCAAGGACUUCUACAAAUCACAUUCUCUCGACAACGACGAACAAAUCUGAUUGGUUUAGUUUUUCAUCAUCAUCAUUACAAAGCUUUGUCACAAAGUAAAGCAGUAAGAUGCUGUUAACACUAACAUAUUUGUAUUAAUAUGAAGGUGUAUUAACCAUUUUGCCCAAUGCUUUCAUUCAUAAGUGAUUGCGGCUAUAUGUAUUUAGCUUUCUUUUGUUAAAGCUAUAAAGAUUUUUAAUACUGUGUAUUAACUAAUAGCUUUCCUCAAUAUUCAAUUUGACAGAAGCAUAAAAAUUUCAAAAUUAAAUUUCCCACCUUCAUCCUCCAACACCUGGUACAACGAACAUGUUUUACACUUUAGGAAAGAAAGAUAAAACAGUGCAAAAAAAUAGAUUAUACCCAAAAAUGAAAGAUAAGGUGAUGAUUUUGAAAUACUUUGAUGAAUUUUCCAAAAAUCUCAAUCGUUAUGUAUGAAGUGGAACAUUAAGGAAAAUAAAGAAAAAGAAUUAUAAAGAAUAAUUUGGAUUACAAUAUCUAUUACAUGUGCAAUAAGUACACCCCUGUUAAAUUUUUGUUCAUCACCCACUGUGAGAUCAUAAUGCAUACAAUUUACAUGAGGUAGUAAUAUUAUGACGUCACAUUGCAAACAUAAGAAAUGACGCUAUGUAGGUGACGUCAGAGGGUUGAGAGGGUUUUUGUUUAAAUAUUAAUAUACAUUCUCGAAAAUAUGAUAAAAAAAUAUCUCAAAUUUGUUUUCAGUAUCAUAUGAGAUUGAUGAAAUUUGUCUCAAACUUGUCUUCUUUUCUAGAAGAGCCUUGCAAAAAACAAAAACAUCCAGGUUUGUUUUAGAAAUGUCAUAUUCAUUUUCCAUCACUUGUACAAAAGAUGAAUUAUGAAGGGGACCAUUGUUUUCUUUGGAAAGGAAGAGUACUAUAUCCAAGAGGUGCCAUUUUGGUAGAACCGUAUGCAGUGAUGUUGCUCAUUGUUGUUUCAGAAUAUUUAUUGUUCAGAUCUUUGAUGCCAAGGAAUUGGGUAACAGGCAAAGCUUGUGAGCCUAUGCUUAUUGUUUUGUGUGCGUCUACUUCACUACUACUAGUCAUUACAGUUGAAUCUUCUUAAAUAAUGUUUUAGAAAAUAAUUUGUGUGAAGUUAUGUUACUGCUUUUCUUUAGUGGAUCAUUUGUGGUUUUCUAUUGGGGUGCAAAUUUUCUUUAAUAGCAUGAUCAGGAAGUUUUCAAGAAUAUUAAAUAAAUGAAAAAUAAGGAAGUUUAUUUACAAAUUAAACUUGAUUUUCUGUAGCUGUUUGUUAAUGCGAACAAACUGGUUUGUCUACUUUUAACGCGAUAUUCCAGGAAGAAAGCCUUAUGGACCUGUAAAUGUUAAUAUAUUAAUUCAUAGUCUUUUUCAUAGUUUCAAGAAAGCAAAAUGAGUUCCAUUAAUUUAUCUCUGCCCAUAUUUCAUAAUCAAACCAUUCUGGUACAACCAGUCCAGGUGUUUGAAAGGCGAUACACGAUUGUGGCCAUGAUUUCCUUUCUUUUUUAGUACUUAUCCAAGACCUUGAACCUCUAUUUUCACACAUAUAUAAAUAUUCUGCUGUUAUCGUAUUAUGUAUAACAUGCAGAAUCACAAAAUAAUGUUUGGAUUAUUUGUAAACUAAAUUCGGGUGUUUUUGAUUCAAAGACUGAUUUUCUCAUACAGUUAGACCUUUCACGUCAUGAACAUGUGUAUGGGGAGUCAGGUAUUUUGUGUCAGACAUACAUUUCAUACACUUUUUGAAAUCCAGAAUGUAACACCCCUCCCCGGUAUACAUAUACCUAUCUGUGGUAGGUCUGAAUUUAUCAUGACUUUUCCAACUUACAAUUUUAUACAAUGGCCUGAUAUUACUUGAAUGCUGUGAUAAUAGAAGCCUAUUUUACUUACAGUUGCUGGAAUUGACUUGCCCCAACUCUCCCCUCCCCUUAAAAAUAAGAUAAACUUGGACUUCAGUAAAAUGUACUGUGCUUUGAUAUUCCCCUCCCCCAGAUUUUUUUAAAAUAAAAGUUUCUGAUUUGGGUGUGUCUAUGUGUCCAUCAGUCCCACUUAAAGUUUGGUCCAAUUUCAAAUUUCAUAGCUGCAAAAUUAUCCUGAAAACCGGAUGUAAAUUCUAUAAAUUGAUCAGAACAAGUAUAAAUGUUAAGCAAAGAUUAAUAGUCAUAUGUUAGAAUCCUGCUGGACAUGUGUAGCUGUGCCCUUGUACUUAGCUCAGUGCUCCUCACUGGCCUCUAGCAGGAAUUGUUUCAUUCAGAAAGGUAGCUAUUCAAUCCGUACAAAAUAUGGCCUGUAAACUACAGCCAUUGAAAAUGAGCUUAGAAAUGUGCUGCUUUUACACCAUAAAAAAAUUGCUUUUCUUGCUCAAAUGUUCAACACUUACAUAUUCUUUCUUUCUCCAUUUCCUGGUUGAUAUUGAGGAGGAGGGGGGGAUGUCAGUUGGUUCUAGCACAUUAAAUGUGACUUAUCUCGGUCGUUUGUCCUCAUUCCAAUUGUUAGAUAUAUUCUUGGUUACAUCAUAUACAGCUCAAGUGAUAUCCAAUUUAACUGUUGUUUACUUAAUUUUUGUGGGCGCUUAUUUUACUAGGUGUACUAUUAUCCUGAUAAAUUAUGUACUCUAAGUCACAUAAUUUACCAUUGAGGUUUAGGAUUUGCAGCAACGUGUCUGUCUUUUAUUUUGAUGUACAUGUAUAUAUAUGUUUGAAUAAAUAUUUGAAGGACCUUUUUGUGUUUUUAAAGAUGCGGGUCUUAUUAUUUAAGUAAUAUCCCAACAAGAUUUUUUGU